AUGCCAGAACACACAAAAGAAGAGAGGUUACCACUGUGGAGUCUUCUUAGAGAAUUGGCAAGCUCUACUCUUAUUAAUCAGUCUCCUUGGCUGGUUGUUGGUGAUUUUAACCAGAUCCUCUCUUUAUCUGAAGCUUACUCCCUUUUGCCAACUACAAUCUCCCUUCCCGGAAUUGUGGAUCUUCAUGAUUGUUUAUCAGAUUGCGGUCUCUUUGAUCUAUUCUCGAGAGGAUGUCAUCACACUUGGACCAAUAAGGCCAUCACCAAUCCCAAAACUAGGAAGCUGGAUCGUGCAGUUAUUAAUGAGAGUUGGCAGGAUGUCUUCCCAAAUUCUUAUGCUCUUUUCGAUGCUCCUGGAUCAUCUGAUAAUUCUCCCUGCCUAGUUUCUCUUGCAAACGAUUCUCAUCACAGGAAAUCCAGGUUUAAUUUUUUCUCCUUCUUCACCCUUCACCCGGAGUAUAGGAGUCGCAUUACUGAAGCUUGGCAAUCAAUAGAGGUAGCGGGAUGUUCUAUGUUUGUUCUAUAUCAAAGACUAAGAGCUGCGAAACUGUGUUGCAAGGAUCUUAAUCGAUCGAGUUUUAGUAAUAUCCAAGCACCCUCAAGAGAGGCGUUUGACAAUUUGGAGAACAUUCAAAGAGAAGUUCUCUCCUGUCCUACUCCAGAACUAUUUGAGGAAGAGUCAGAGGCUAGGAAAGCUUGGUUACUUUUCUCCGCAGCAGAAGAGAUAUUUUUCAAACAGAAAUCUCGAGUGAGGUGGUUAAAGGAGGGAAACUCCAAUUCCCACUUCUUCUACAAGUCAGUCAAGGCAAAUUUAUCUAAGAAUAUUGUUCAUCACUUAAGGGACAAUAAUGGGACCAAGGUUUCUCAAUCCACUGCUAUUAAGAACUUGGUUGUCAACUACUUUAUUCUGUUAUUGGGGACUUCAUCCACUCACAACAGAUCAGAUUAA